GAACCGGGAGGCGGCUCGCGACAGAGCCAGUGGAACGGACGCUGUUACCGGGUGAGGAUCCACUUGUCGGCUCUGCUAACUGAAUGGCUGCAAUAUUUUGGAAAUAGUCGUAAACAUUGGAUUCUACCUACGUGACGUGUAUCGCAAAGGUCGCGCUACAUGAGGUUAUAGCAGCAUUCUCGAGGGAACGAGAGAAGCCCCGUGAAUAUUUGCAAGAGAAAACACCUGGUCUCCCGAGUCCCUGCCUUUCAUCCUUUCCUGAGCAAGAUGGGGAAUGGAUUAUCGGAGCCCCAUGCCAUCUUUCCCUGUUUGCCGUCGUUUCAAGCCCUGCACAUUGUUAUUCUCGGGCUGGACUGUGCUGGUAAGACCACCGUGCUGUACCGGCUGCGUUUCAAUGAGUUUGUGAACACCGUUCCCACCAAAGGCUUUAACACGGAGAAGAUCAAAGUCACUCUUGGUGGAAAAAGCCGGACGGCGACUUUUCAUUUCUGGGACGUCGGCGGUCAGGAGAAGCUCCGGCCACUUUGGAGGUCCUACACGCGGUGCGCCGAUGGUCUCGUGUUCGUGGUGGACUCGGUAGACGCCGAGCGCAUGGAGGAGGCCAAGACAGAGCUGCACAAGAUCACAAGGCUCCAGGAGAACCAGGGGGUGCCGGUUUUAGUGGUGGCUAACAAGCAGGACCUUCGCAACGCGCUGCCUCUGUGCGUGGUGGAGCAGAUGCUGGCGCUGAAUGAGCUCGGCUCUCACACUCCCUGGCACCUCCAACCCGCAUGUGCCAUCAUUGGAGAAGGUCUACAAGAAGGCCUAGAGCGGCUGCAUUCCAUGAUCAUCAAGAGGAGAAAGACGAUGAGGCACCAGAAGAGAAAAAGAUGACUUUAUUGAUGUAUUGUGUGCGGGACGUGAUGGUUGCCUCUGUGAUGGCUCUGCUGAUGCGCUGGGGGCCUGCGUGGCCCUACGCUUCUGGAAUUAUCAUCAGACUGAGUUUUAUCAGUCAGGUGGUGCAGGGUAAAUACAGUUCAGAGACACGCGAUCUGUGUGUCCAGCAGCAAGAGGACAAUAUUGAUUUAACACGUUGGAUUGUAGCGGCGAUGGGACAACACAUGUGGGACGUUUAUGUCAACACGGUGUUACGCAAUGUCGUUGGGUCUGUGGUACACGGAGCCUAUACUUACAAAUGAGAAAGACUGGAUACUGAGUUAGUCUGUGUGUUACGCAUCUACAAGCAUCAUUUUAAAAACAAUGUAAAGUCAUGAAAUGGGAGGAUUGAUUACCAAAGCUGCCAUGGACGUAAAUGUUCUUGAAACUCUCAUUGGUUUGAUUUCAUAUUGAUGGCCAGUGCUUGUUGUCUUGGUGGUCAGGGGAACAACAAUAAGCUUUAUGGAUCACUUGUUUGGGAAUGCACAAAUGUUUAAACAGUGUCACAGGGUAUCUAUACACUCUGACUUUAGUUCAGAAGUGAUAAUUGUUAAGAUUUGUUUAAUGUUAUGGACGUACCGUCCCUCUUGUUGGCUGAUGUGCAUUAGGCCUUCUCCUAAACUUACUCCUAAAAUAUUUUUAAAGAAGAUGAUUACUGGUGUAACUUUUUGCUGUACCCACAUUGUGUACUUCCCUGAACGACAAGAGAUGUUUAAAUGCACUUUAGCGAUUCCCUUUUUCUAAUCCAUGAACUCGGAUCAUUCAUGUUUUGUAAAGAAUUUCAUAGAAUCAUAAUACAGAAAAGUAAUGUAUUGCUUCAAAUGGAGCGUUUUUUAAUAUUCAUUGUUCCACAUUCAGACGCGUCAACCUGUCACUCCGUGCUUGUGAGUUCAGGGAUGUUCAUAUUUAUGUGUCAGAAUUUGUACACUUUGAAUAAAUCCACAGCUACACGAA